GGACGCAUGCGUAGUUGGUAAAUCUGUUCAAUGGCUCUGCUGCUUUUUCAGCGGUGUUUACCGCGACUUUCAUCACGAUUUUCGACCCAAAAUGUCAAGUAUAUUGCAACAGAGACAAGCCAGAGUUUAAGAGUAAAGAGUCAUAUCUGCUGUUUAUCGCAAUGUAACAAGACUACAGACCUUUUAAAUGUUGACAAAAUAUCAAAGUCAUGUUGCAACCACAGUCAGUUUAUUUUUACCAGAAAAUUCCAUGUGUCUAAUUGUUACUAUAAUGAAGUUGUGGUAGUAAAUACACCUAGUUUUGCUGACUCUAUAUCUGAUGGAGAUGUUAAACUUGAAAAAGCGGUUGGUGACUUUGUAAAGGAAGAUGAUGUCGUAUGUGAAAUAGAAACAGAUAAGACUUCUGUACCAGUUCCAUCCCCUAAAAGUGGAAUAGUAGAAGAAUACUUAGUUGAAGAUGGACAAACUGUAACAGCAGGGACACCUCUUUUUAAAUUAAAAAUAACAGAUGCUGCUGUUGAUUCAGCACCAAAAUCAGCUCCUGCUGCAGAAACUCCAUCACCUACACAACAGCCCCCUCAACCACCAAAAGCAGAGGCAGCUCCUGCAUCAUCAACAAGUGGUCCCAUACCAACUGCACCUCCACCAGCCCCUCCCCUCCCUAAAGAACCAAUUAGUACUAAACCCUUGGAUUCUAUUAAACCAAAGUCUGCACCUGCAUCCCAGAAUGUUCCACUUUCAGGAUCUAGAUCGGAAACAAAAGUUAACAUGUCUAGAAUACGACAGAGAACUGCUCAAAGGCUAAAACAAGCACAGAAUGAAUGUGCUAUGUUAACAACAUUUAAUGAAAUAGAUAUGAGUAAUAUAAUAGACCUGAGAAAGCAGUAUAAAGAAACCUUUCUAAAGAAAUUUGGACUUAAACUAGGAUUCAUGUCAGCUUUUGUGAAAGCAUCAGCUUAUGCUCUAACUGAUCAACCCGUUGUAAAUGCUGUGAUAGACAAUAAAGAAAUUUCAUAUAGAGACUACAUUGACAUUUCUGUAGCAGUAUCAACGCCAAAGGGUUUAGUGGUGCCUGUUAUACGAAGUGUAGAAAAUAUGAAUUAUGCAGAUAUAGAAAAAGAAAUAGCAUCAUUAGGUGAAAAGGCAAGGACAGGAAGUUUAGCAAUAGAAGAUAUGGAAGGUGGAACAUUUACAAUAAGUAAUGGUGGUGUAUUUGGUUCUUUGUUUGGAACACCUAUAAUUAAUCCACCACAAUCAGCUAUUUUAGGAAUGCAUGCUGUAAAUGAUAAACCUGUAGCAAUUAAUGGAAAGGUUGAAAUUCGACCGAUAAUGGUUGUAGCCUUGACUUAUGAUCAUCGACUCAUUGAUGGCAGAGAAGCUGUUACUUUCCUGAAGAAAAUCAAAUCAGCAGUUGAAGAUCCCAGAGUUAUAUUGUUAGACUUAUAGUAUAAACAUUAAAUUAUAUAUUUUUAUUUAUUAAAUGAUUAAGGAAUUAGCUACUUGAUGUGGUGCAUAUAUAAUUUGAAAACUAAAUCUUCUUUAAUGAAAACAGAUCUGAAAAUGUUGGACAUGUUUAUUAUUAAAAGAAAAACAGGUAUAUAUUAGAUAUCAGGAAAACAUUUAUGCAUUUGUAAUUCUUUUAACAUUAAUUGGCGAAUUGGCAUUGUCACUUAUCUGAUCAACAAGACUUCAUAGUUAUUAUGUAAAAUGGAAAUGUUUCUGUUCUACUGUCCAAUUGAGUUUUGUAAAAAAAAAAUAGUAUUAAAGAUAUAUGCUUUGUUGUA